UCGUGCGCGGCCGCCGGCUCGGGAGGCGGGCCGGGCCCGGCCGGCUGGGCGGCUGGCUGGGCGGCUGGGCGGUGCGGCCGGUAACCUGGCAGCUGGGGAGAGGUGGGUGCGCGGCCUCGGCUGACACUGAGCGGCCGGGGCAAACGCACUUCCGUAUCCGUUUCUGAGGCAUCUCUUAGAAGCCUUAGCGGUGGAGUCGCCGCUCGUUUCUGGCUCUCCCGGCCUCUUCUUCUGCGCCUUCCUUCCGGUGUGUCUGGUCUUCCCUGUUUCCUAGCCCUCCCCCUCACGAUUUGGAUUUCUUGAGAGAGAAGAUUAUAAAUGCCAGAGCCAUUUAAAUGAUGGUUAGCCACUGAAUUCUGAAACUUCCUUAAAUACCUUCUUGUACCAACAUCUUCAGUGGAAAGAGUUCAGGAAAAGUAGCAGAGGAAAGGAGAGACAACAUUUUCACGUACCAUGGCUAUACCAAUAACAGUACUUGACUGUGAUCUCUUGCUAUAUGGCCGAGGUCACCGGACACUGGACCGCUUUAAGCUGGAUGAUGUGACGGAUGAAUACUUGAUGUCCAUGUAUGGGUUUCCUCGACAGUUCAUUUACUACUUGGUGGAGCUCUUGGGGGCGAGUCUUUCUAGACCUACUCAGAGAUCCAGGGCUAUUAGCCCAGAGACACAGGUCCUUGCAGCACUGGGCUUCUAUACCUCAGGUUCCUUCCAGACUCGGAUGGGAGAUGCUAUUGGAAUCAGUCAGGCAUCUAUGAGUCGAUGUGUUGCCAACGUCACCGAAGCACUUGUGGAAAGAGCUUCACAGUUCAUCCGCUUUCCAGCCGAUGAAGGCUCCGUGCAGGCUCUGAAGGAUGAAUUCUAUGGGUUGGCAGGGAUGCCAGGGGUCAUAGGGGUGGUCGACUGUAUCCACGUGGCAAUCAAGGCACCAAAUGCUGAAGACCUUUCUUAUGUGAACCGCAAAGGUCUUCAUUCUUUAAACUGCCUGAUGGUGUGUGACAUCAGAGGGGCACUGAUGACUGUAGAGACAAACUGGCCGGGGAGCCUCCAGGACUGUGCUGUGCUACAACAGUCUUCUCUCAGCAGUCAGUUUGAAGCUGGGAUGCACAAAGAGAGCUGGCUGCUUGGUGACAGUUCCUUCUUUCUCCGCACCUGGCUCAUGACCCCACUUCACAUUCCUGAAACUCCAGCCGAAUAUCGCUAUAACAUGGCCCAUUCUGCAACUCACAGUGUGAUUGAGAAGACCUUCCGAACCCUCUGCUCCCGAUUCCGCUGCCUGGAUGGAUCCAAGGGGGCACUGCAGUACUCACCGGAGAAGUCCAGCCACAUCAUCUUGGCCUGCUGUGUCCUCCACAACAUAUCCCUGGAGCAUGGGAUGGAUGUUUGGUCCUCUCCAGUGACAGGACCCAUGGAACAGCCGCCGGAGGAAGAGUAUGAGCACAUGGAGUCCUUGGACCUAGACGCUGACCGUAUCCGUCAGGAGUUGAUGCUCACUCACUUCAGCUAAUGUGCAAGGUGGGGAAUGGAGGGAGGCUUUUCAGAAGGCGCUGUGACAGACUUUCCCUCUCACCACCCCCUGCACAGUUCCACCAUCUAGCAGGACAGUGUGUGGACCCUUGUCACAAACUGACAUUUAAUCUGCGUGGUUUAGAAGGCUUGGGGCUACACCAGAAUAUCGUGAUUCAUUUGCAAACUUAUUAACUAAACCAAAACCCCCAAGAUGACAGUUCCCUGCUGUCCAUUGAACACCAGGUUAGCACCACGCACUCAUUUGAGAGUUCCCUGGUGGCAGACAUUUAUAUCAUGCUUACAAAAUCACAGCAAAGGGGAAAACAGCAUCUAGAUAGCCAGAACACUUUCUUUGUUUCAGUUAUCUAGAGAUUUCAAAAGAAAGCCGUAUUUGUCUUGAAUGAUUUGGAUGGUAUUUUAGCUUUUCUACUUACUACUGAGGCAAGCGUGAAGAGCAGAUUUCAGUUGGGGAAUGGUCUUCUGACAUAAGUAAAUGGCUACUAAUC